AUGGCCGAAGCCCAGUUGGAAGAUUUCCCGUCCCUCUUCUCACUCAAGGGAAAGGUGGCAGUGGUGACGGGCGGUUCUCGCGGUCUCGGACUCCACGCCGCGUCGGCCUUCCUACAAGCCGGCGCAUCCAAGGUCUUCAUCUCGUCCCGCAAAGCCGCCGCCUGCGACGAAGCCUGCGCCGCGCUCAACGCGCUGCCCAACCGCGCGCCAGGCGCCGUCGCCAUCCCCGUCCCCGCCGACUCGGCCAGCAUGAAGGGCGUGACGCACCUCCUCGACGAGGUCAAGAAGCACACCGACCGCGUCGACAUUCUCCUCGCGAAUGCCGGUGCCACCUGGGGCCAGGCCUUUGACACCCACCCCGACGAGGCCUUUGCCAAGGUCAUGGACCUCAACGUCAAGGCUGUCUUCAACACCGUCCGCGUCUUUGCGCCGCUGCUGCAAAAGGCCGCUUCUCGCGCGGAUCCUGCCCGCGUCAUCAUCACCGCCAGCGUCGCCGGCCUAGGCAUCGGCACUAUUGGCAAGCAAGGCACCUACGGGUACUCGGCUUCCAAGGCGGCGGUCAUCCACCUGGGUCGCAACUUGGCCAUUGAGCUGGGUCCCCGGGGGAUCACGGUCAAUUCCAUCUGCCCCGGCUUCUUCCCCAGCAAGAUGUCCAACGGGCUGUUGGACAUGGCGGGCGGCGCGGAAAAGAUUGGCAACGCGAACCCCAUGGGGCGGUUGGGCGUGCCCGAAGAUAUUGCCGGCGUCGUUGUCUACCUGGCCAGCAGGGCCGGCUCGCAUGUCAAUGGCGAGGCUAUAGCCGUCGAUGGCGGUGCCAUGUGGGCGAGGGGGGAGCUGGCCUUCCACGGGGACGGGAGCUCCAAGUUGUAA